AUGCCCUCUCUCGAUCAAGAAAUAGACCACAAGAACCCUCUCAAUGGGACGAUCUCGCCACACUCGCAACACCUCAUCAUCUCCACAGGACGGUCAGAUUGGACGAGUCGCAUUGAAGAUGAGCGGGAGAACGGCACGAGCUGGGGCAAGGUUGUGGGCGACCUGAAGGGGUUGAUGGGUCGCAAGGGGGAGUUUCGUGACGCGUUCAAUGCUACCAUGAUCAGCACCUCGUCAUUCACACCGCUGUCAGGGAGUGCCAAGCAAACAACGAAGCGGGUCAACGGCAAGGAAAAAUGGGAAGAGCUAGAACCCGUUGACGCUCUGCUAUACCCGGCAUUUCGACACUUUAGAGGUCUUGUCCCGCUUUCAGAAGAAGAGGCUGGAGAAACGGCAUCGAGUCCGCAUACCGAGUCACAACGCGACCCCGACUCGGCAACAACCGGAAGUCUGAAAGAUUUCAUCGUCGAAAACCUGACCCCCAAUACUGGAGAGUCGACACCCGAUACAGCAGCGGUGCGCUCGCGUUGGGAUAGCUCGCCUAUCACGAAUCCGACCAUUUUAAUAUGCAGCCAUGGUGGACGUGACAGUCGGUGCGGAAUCCUGGGACCAGUUCUGCACGACGAGUUCAACACUUACCUGGAUCAGCGGAAGGGAGACGAUCCGCAGUCUAAGCUGUGUGCUUCGACCACGGAGGCAUUCGUGGCAUCGGAAGGCGCGGUCGAGCAACCGGGACAGGAAACACGCGCGGAAAACCAGGGCCAGUCGAUAGACAAGGCGUCGCUCAAGGCAAUCGCCAGUUCUACCACGAGUGCGUCAAGCAAGGAAUCAGCAACAUCACAAGAUAUGACGGUCAACGUGGGCAUGAUCUCCCACAUCGGCGGGCAUAAAUGGGCCGGUAACGUCAUCAUAUACAUGCCCCCGGGAUUUUCUAUCGAUGCCGCCACGACGACUGAGCCAGCCGGACCUGAUUCUAUAGACGUGUCCCAGCGCGCGUCUGGUGUACGGCCCCUCCAUCCCUUAGCAGGGAUGAGUAUAUGGUACGGAAGAGUCGAGCCCCGCCACGUGGAGGGUAUUGUUGAGCAGACGAUUUUCAACGGCAAGGUCAUUCGCGAGUUAUUCCGCGGCGGGUUGAACCAGAGAGGGCAGUUGGUGAGGUUAUGA